AUGGAUACUGCAAAAUACAUAGCAGAAAUACAGAGACAACUAAACGAUGUAGAGGUAUACAGACCCGUAGACUCUGACCCUAAAUUUGCCAUUAUGCGCAAAAUAAAACUGCUUGUUGAUGAUGCCUUUGCCACAGACCUGAUCGAUGAGAAACUACACAGAUUUCUACUAGUGGAACGACCGGUCACCCCUAUACUAUACGUGUUACCCAAAAUACACAAAAGCCUAGAAAACCCUCCUGGACGCCCAAUAGUAUCAGGGAUCAACUCAGUAUUCUCUCCACCAGCAACCUUCUUGGAUAAAUACCUCAGGAAGUAUGCCUUGUCAGCUAAGUCAUACGUGAGGGACACCACCGACUUCCUCAAGAGACUACAAACACUACAAUAUGAAGAAGGCCAGUUCCUGGUCUCCUUUGAUGUUGUAGGUCUAUAUACAAGCAUUGACCAUACAAAGGGCUUAGAAGCGGUGGAGUGGGCCCUACAUCAGGACAAAGUUGAAAAAGAACAAGCACUAUUCAUCCUCUCCCUUCUGGAAAUAGUACUCACCUGCAACUAUUUCUUGUUUGAGGAUACAUUCUAUGUCCAGCAGCGGGGGACUGCAAUGGGAUCUAAUGUGGCCCCAACUUACGCUAAUGUCUAUAUGAGCAAGUUUGAGGAGACUUUCAUAUACCCAUCCAGCCACUUCACCUCAAUAUUUGCACAAUUGGUAAAGUCUGGGGGCACUAUCAACAAGGGGACCUCUGCUCCGGGAGAGUACAGACAGCGGGACUACCACGUUGAAAGCAUCAAAAAUCUCCAACCUGUUCUACAAAAUGGGAAAAAUCUGACUGUGGUCAAUGAGAUUUUCCUUUUAGGAUUUCAAAUUCACCAAGAUUUAAGAAUUUCACUAUUCUGUAUUUUUCUUGUGGUUUUCUGUGGGACAAUAUGUGGGAACCUCCUGAUCAUCACCCUGGUGUCCACAAGCAAGAACCUUCAUACUCCAAUGUACUUCUUUAUCUCACAACUGUCCAUCAGUGAUAUUUUGUUGAUCAUAGAUGUUGUCCCCAACCUGCUCCAUAUCCUGCUGAAUAAUGGGGGGAUCGUUACUUUUAGCGACUGUAUUACUCAGCUUUAUUUUUUUGGUGUAUCAGAAUCAUUAGAGUGUUCUCUUCUCACUGUGAUGUCUUAUGACAGAUAUGUGGCCAUCUGUAAUCCACUCCGUUAUUCCACCAUCAUGACAAGUGGACAUUGUGUGAUGUUAAUCAUCGUCUGUUGGUUAAGUGGAUUUUCUGUUAAUAUGAUUUACCACAUAACAAUAGCAAAUCUACAUUUUUGCGGGCCAAAUAUCAUUGACCAUUUUUACUGUGACAUCAUCCCCUUAGUAGAACUUGCCUGUUCUGACACUUUCAUUAUUCACUUAGAGAUAUAUUUUUUAGGAGUUCCAUUUAUCUUUAUUCCAACCACAAUCAUUGUAAUGUCUUAUACUCACAUUGUUAUAUCAGUCUUAAGGAUCCCAUCCAGUACUGGUAGACAGAAAGCCUUCUCCACCUGUAGCUCCCACCUCAUUGUGGUCUCCAUAUUUUAUGGGACUCUCUUCAGUGUGUAUAUUGUCCCCAAAAAUGGCCUUACGUCCUCUGUAAAAACAUUAUCACUUCUAUAUACAGUGUUUACUCCUUUGGUCAACCCCAUUAUUUACAGCCUGAGAAACAAAGAUAUUAUGAAAGCCGUACAGGAAGCAUUUCAUAAGCGUGUCGUCUGGUAA